AUGGCUCAACGUAGACGACAAUUUGUUAUUGAUUUAAAUUAUUAUGAACUUCCGGCCACAAUAACGCGGUUAGAUACGAUUCGCGAAAAGUUGAUACGGGAACUUUCUCAGCAAUAUCCCGAUCUUUCCAAUGUAACUUCAAAGGAUCUCUCAUUAUUUCUUGGUCACUUUCAGAAGUUUCAAGAAGAUGCUUUAGGACGUUUAGCUCCUCGAUUUGAUAAGAUUCCCCCCAAAGUCCCUGCAAAACUAUUUAAAUUGGAACCACCGCCAGGUCAUAACUCACCGAUCUAUCAUAUUAUUCGUGCAGCAUAUAAAUUUCGAGGACAAAAAAAAUGGAAACGUUGGGAUUGGGAACUUAACCGAAAUGAUUUGAUUGAAAUGGUAAAGCAGAUCAGAAAUCACUUGGAGUCUAAGGGAUUUAUUAAAAAAUUUAUGAUAUUACUUGGAGAAUCUGUGGCAGGGGGUACACAUAGACAAGAACUGAUUGAGCAUAUAAAUAACUUGGGAGGGCAAGUAACUCAUGAUAUUGCAAGAACGACACAUAUUAUACAUGCCACAAAUGAGCAUAAUUAUGAUGCAGACGAAGAGUGGUACAGAACUUUAGAAAAAAAGGAUGGUAAAGUUUUGUUACAUUGGUGGUAUUACCCAGAUUCAUAUGACUCAUGGCUGGACGAAGGUGAACAUGCAGAUCCUGAACCAAAUCCAAUCCAUCACGGUCCCUGGAACGUAUCAGAACGAUGGCUCAGGGAUAGUACCGAAUUUAAUGAGUGGAUGAACGAAGAAGACUACGAGAUAACUGAUUCAAAAUUGGCAGUUGAAGAACAAUCUGGUAUUUCAGAAUCAGAGGCUUCACCAUCGCAUAAACGAACCUUGGAUUCAUUAGAAUCACCUUCGAACAUGGAUGUUGAUGUUCGUCCAACAACGGAUGCCAAGCGUCCGAGGUUAAGAUCACCAGAACAUGACGCAGUACCAGAACAUCCGAAUAUGUCACUUGUAGAUAUUGAACAAGAAGCGUCACGUGUAGGAGGCAUUCGUACGAGGAAAAACGAAUUUGACCCCUUAAUUGGUGGAGACAUUGCAAAUAUUUCACAAUUAGUUCCACCAGAAAGAACUACCAAGGAAGAUACACAACAGGAUCUUGAAGAUCCUGAAGUUAUAGACGAGAAUGCAGACACAGAUAAUGUAACUUCAGACAUGGAAGGUGUUCGAAUUCCUGCAAACAGUAAUAAUAUUGAUGUUGAGAUGACUGAACAAGAGCAAAACAUAUCCAGUGGACGUACCGAGCAUAAAGUUUCGCCUAAUUCUGCAGCAAAAGAGUUGGACGAAGAUGAAAACAUGGCGACUACAGAUGAUAAUAGGCAACUAGAAGAUGAUGCGAAUGAGCCUUUGUCUGAUACCGUCAUCCCCCAAGAGGUUCUUUCUGCCAAUGAUGAAGACGAAAAGAAACGACUUGAAGAAGAAGCCCGUAAAUAUUUAUCAGAACAAACACAAGAAAUUGUGAUUCCUUCAUACUCUGCUUGGUUCAAUAUGUCAACCGUUCAUCCUAUCGAGAAGAAAUCCUUGCCAGAGUUUUUUAAUAACAGAAACAAAUCGAAAAAUCCCAGCAUAUACAAAGAAUAUAGAGAUUUUAUAAUAAAUACUUAUCGCCUUAAUCCUGGGGAGUAUCUGACAGUAACAGCCUGUCGUAGAAAUUUGGCUGGCGAUGUGUGUGCGGUUAUUCGCUUACAUGCUUUUUUAGAACAGUGGGGUUUAAUUAAUUAUCAAGUUGAUCCGGAUACUCGACCAUCUCCGGUUGGACCUUCUUUCACAGGACAUUUUCGUAUCACAGCAGAUACUCCAAGAGGACUUCAACCUUUUCAACCACUUGGACCUUCAGCUACCUUAUCAAGUUCUGUUGCGACCACGUCUACAGUUAACGCAGUAUCUGGUAUCACUACUGAAUCAUCCGCUGCUGCAAAUCCAAAAGUCGAUAAAGUUUUUGGUCUUCGCCAAAAUGUUUAUCAAACUGGAGUAAAUACAGCCGCCACUCCGGGCUCACAAGAUGAAACCGGGAGUGUUGCUGCUGAUUCAGGGUCAAAUGAACAAAAACAAUAUCAUUGUGUUACGUGUGGUGUUAACUGUACUCGUGUUCGUUACCAUAGUGUAAAGACUCAAAACUAUGAACUUUGUCCAAAUUGUUAUUUGGAAGGACGAUAUCCUACAUCAAUGUAUAGCGGAGACUUUUUGAAAAUGGAGGAAACACCGUUCAAGCAUGCACAAGAUGAUGACUGGACAGAGCAAGAAAAUUUGAGCCUUUUAGAAGGUGUAGAAUUAUAUGAAGAUGAUUGGAAUAAGAUCUCUGAGCAUGUUGGCACUCGUACGCAGGAGCAAUGCAUUUUACACUUUUUGGAAUUCCCAAUUGAAGAUCCACUUAACGAAACAAAAAUGUCAGAUUUGGGACCACUUCAGUAUCAACGUAUACCUUUCAGUCAGGCGGACAAUCCUGUUAUGUCAGUGGUUGCUUUCUUAGCGUCAGUAGUUAAUCCAGGCGUCGCAGCUGCGGCAGCAAAGUCUGCACUGAAGGAACUAUCUCUUCACAACAAAAGAUCAACAAACAAAGAAAUAAAUGGCGUCAACGGAGUAAGAUCCGGCGAGCCAAGUGAAACAGCUGCAAGCACACCGAUGACUGAUGUUAAACAUAGUGACGAAAUGGAUACAGAGGGAGUGACUGAACUAAAACCAGAUCCAGAACAGACUCCAGAAGAAGCGACGACUUCUGAUUCUACCGUUCCUCGUCCAAAGCUAUUAGAAAGAGCUGGUGCAACAGCAAUGGGUGCGGCAGCUGCGAAAGCAAAAGUACUCGCAGACUAUGAAGAACGAGAAAUUCAACGCCUUGUCAACGCAGUCAUUGAAAACCAGUUGAAAAAGCUUGAGCUUAAACUUCAACAGUUUGAAGAAUUAGAAAAUGCACUCGAGAACGAGAAGAAAGAACUAGAGAAACAACGUCAAUUGUUGUACAAUGAACGUUUGGCAUUCAAAAAAAACACUAUAAUGAUGCAGGAGCAAUUAAGAAAUGCACAAGCUAGCAGUAGUGGGCCGAAACCUUCAACAAGUGGGCAUGGUUAUCUAAAUUCAAGCAAUAGUCGAAUCAUAUCAAAGAUUGAAUUUCAACAGCAACAGCAGAUUCGUCAGCCAGUCGGACCAUUAAGUCAAGAGCAAGGAAAUGAGGAUCCUUAG